AUUAAUAAGUAGAGUUGGUUCCGGAAAAACACCCUUUACAAUAAAAUAUGUCGAGAAACCUAAAACACUUAUUCAGGAGGGUUCUCUUGUACGAGAAGCCUAUUUUAGAAAUCUUCUAGUUAUGGAAGGGGCUUUUAUAUAAUGGAUACUCCCGGCUUUGGAAGUGAAAAAGAAGUUAUUGUGCAUAUGGCAGGGAUAUUUGCUGCAAUAACAGGAAAACCACUUAAUGGCAUUCUUAUCUUAACAAAAUAUGAGAGAUUUGAAAAUAUGAGAAAGGAUAUAACAGAAAAUAUGAAAUUAUUAAGUAGGUAUCGUGAGAUGAUUACAGUUGUUAUUACACAUUGGGACAAUGCUGAAAAUGAUCCUGCAAAACAGUUAAUCGGUCUUGAAGAGUUAAAAAAAUCCGUUGUAAAAGAAGUUAUUACUCCUUUGGGUUUAAAAAAUGUUAUAUACUCUGGCUCAUAAACAACAGGGGAGUCAAUUUGCAAAACAAUAGAUUAAAUUUUGAUAAGAACAAUAAAGCAAAAAAUUGAAUUAACAAAAACAGAAUUUGAAAACUAAUUUGCAACAUUUAUAACCUUAAAUAAGGAAAUUGAAAUCAAAACUUAAGAACUAGAGGAUGAAUUUGGAGCUCAAUGUCAGGCAGCCAUUCAUUUUAUUGAUUCUUAAAAUGAAAAAACAAGCGAUGUAGCUGAAUUGAUGCAUGAGUUGAUUUUAGCUUUGAAAAAGGAAGCCAAUGAAACAGUAGAAAAAUUUGAAUAAAGACAUGGUUAUGAUUGCUUAAAGUUACUUGAAUAAGGCGAUGUAAGCUAUGAAACAGCAUAUUUAACUCACACAAAAUUGAAACACAAGGUUUUGAUUUAGUUGGAUAAUGUGAUAAGGAGGGCUCAAAAUAAAAUGACUAAUUACCCAGCUCAUAUUUAUAAUUUUAUAAAAUAAUGUCCAAAUUGCAAAAUAAUUUGGCUAAAAGUUUCUGGGUGUGGAGGAUAGACAUCAUGUGGCAACUUUCCUGAUUCAGAUAAUAUUGAAUUUAAACCAUAGGCAAAAAAAUUCAAAAUAAAUAUCACUAAAACAACAGUAGAAUGUAUCAGACUAAAAUAACAGACCGAAAUUAAUUAAAAGUACUCACUCCAAUAAAAUAAAUAAAAAUUAAAAGGCUGUGGAGCUGUUUUAGUUUGGGAUAAUUUACCUAUUCUAUCUACUGAUAUUUUAGAUGAACUAAAAAAUACAGGAGUUUUAGACCUUUUAAGUAUGCAUAAAAAUGGGGUGGAAUCCAAAAAAAACAAACAAGAUUUAUUUUGGAGUAAAUUAUAAUAUGAGGCUUAAAAAUAAUUGAAUAAUCUAGAGAAUGCUUCAACAUAAAUCAUGUAACCUUCAGACCAAAAGCCAAAAAUUGUACCAUAGAUAAUUUAUCGCAAUGAAGAUGGUUCAGAACAUAUUGUUUAAAAAUCAAAUGAAUAAAAAUCUUUGUAAUAGUAAAAUAAUUAGUUGAAGUACGAAUAAGUUUAAGCUGUGGAAUAGCAAGAAAUGUUAAAAAUAAUGAUAGAAAUGAAGAACACUCUAAAAUUAUAAGAAAAAAAAAUUCAAGAUCUAAAUUUAUAAAGCAAGGAACAAUAACAAUAGUAAUAGAAUAAAAUAGAUAAAGACAUGAAUAUUGAAGCAAAGAAGAAAUAAAAUUAAAAAAAUAGCUGCGCUGCCUGUAUAAUUAGUUGA